AUGUGGGCUUACACUGUCGGGUUCACUGUCCUGCCUCACGUCGGGGGUUUCCUUGGCUGGUUCCUGAAUCGAAAGGAAAUUCCUGCCUGGUACGAGAAGCUGAAAAAACCUUCCUGGUGUCCAUCCCGCAAGAUGUUCCCUGUUGCCUGGACCAUCCUGUACACGGGCAUGGGCUACGCCUCCUACUUGGUGUGGAGUGACCUGGGCGGCUGCAGCAGCAAAGCCAUCGUCCCGCUGGGGCUCUACGGGGCUCAGCUGGCCCUCAACUGGGCCUGGCCCCCCUUCUUCUUCGGUGCCCAGAACCUGAACAUGUGGCCACAAGUCAACCCCACUGUGGUGCAGAAGAUGGCAGAGAAGCAGGAGGAGCCCAGCAAUGCCCAGAACGGGGAACCUGACAAUGCAGAGGAGGGCGAGGGCAAGAAGAAGAAGGUGAAGAGGGAGGACCUGCCACCGUUUGAAAUCGUGACAGGGGAACGCCUCCCAGCCAUAUUCUUCAAAUUCCAGUUCAGGAACGUGGAAUACAGCUCGGGCAGGAACAAAACCUUCCUGUGCUACGUGGUGGAGACGCAGGGCAAGGAGUCGGCGCCGUGCCGGGGGUACCUGGAGGACGAGCACGCGGCCGCCCACGCCGAGAUGGCCUUUCUGGACACGAUCCUGCCGCGCUGCGAGGCGGGCGGGCGCUGCUCCGUCACCUGGUACGUGUCGUCCAGCCCCUGCGUGAGCUGCGCCCAGCGCAUCGCCGACACCCUGCGCAGGAACAAGGCCCUGCGCCUCACCAUCAUGGUGGGCCGGCUCUUCAUGUGGGACGAGCCCGAGGUGCAGGCCGCGCUCCGCAGCAUGAAGGAGGCCGGCUGCAAGCUGAGGAUCAUGAAGCCUCAAGACUUUGAGUAUGUCUGGCAGAACUUUGUGGAGCAGGAGGAAGGGGAGGAGGUGAAGUCGUUCGUGCCGUGGGAGGACAUUCAGGAGAACUUCCAGUACUACGAGGAAAAGCUGGCUGAGAUCCUGCACUGA